AUGGCUACAGAACAGAGAGACUUACCCAAUAUCAUUCUUUGCGGCACUCCUGGUACGGGAAAAACCACCCUUGCCGAACAGCUUGCAGAUGCUUCUGAACUCGAACAUUUGUGCAUGGGCACAAUCGUAAAAGAGCAUCACCUUCAUUUUGGCUUUGAUGAGAAAUGGCAGACGUAUGAUGUUGAUGAAGAGAAAGUCUUGGAUUAUCUUGAACCAAGGCUAAUAAAAGGAGGCUGUAUUGUUGAUUGGCACACAUGUGGCAUAUUCCCUGAAGAAUUAAUCGACUUGGCCAUUGUCUUGAGAACUGAUCAUUCCAAAUUAUGGGAAAGACUUGAAGCUAGAGGAUACUCAUUGCACAAGAUUCAAGAAAACAAUGAAGCUGAGAUUAUGCAGGUUUGUUUGGAAGAAGUAAGAGAAAGCUUUGACCUUAAAAUGAUCGUAGAGCUCGAAAGCAACUCAACAGACGAUAUGGAAUCAAACUUGACUCGCAUCCUUCAAUGGAUAGAUGCUUGGAAAGAAGAUCACGUAAAUUAA